UCCGCGAUGGCUCGUGGCUCGGGGCGAGUUCGCGCGCGCCGAAGCGGUGAUGAUGCGCGCGGCACGUCUCAACGGUGUCUCCCGGAAGAAGGCGCAGUUCCUGUGGAAGGACGCCAGCAAGGAACUCAAUAAGAACUGUGAGCGCUGGUCCGCGGUGCUGAGGGAGUCGUCACGCGGGGUGCUCAUGACGUCACCUUACCUCCGCUACAUCCUGGUCAUGCUCCUCGCCAGGUUCUCGUGGAGCCUGGCGUACAUGAGCGCCAUCUCGCACGUAGUGCGACGUUCGACGCUCGGUUCUCUAGUGGCCAAGUCUCUCGCCACGCUGGACAUGGCGUCGGUGGUUGCCAGCAUCGCGUUCAUUGAGCGUUACGGCCGACGGAGAACCGUAGCCACGUGCUUCUUCAUUUCGGGCGUGUCCUGGGCACUGAUCGUGUUCGUGCAUGACGAGGACUACUUGGAGUACGCGGUGCUAUUGGUGCUGGGCCUCGCGGCGCAGUCCCUGGCCGGCACCGUGUUGCCCGUGAUGAACGUCGAGCUGUUCCCGCAAUUGGUCCGCACUUUCGGCUACUGCUGGGGCGAAGGAUCCAACGUGCUUGGCGCGCUCGGGUCGCCAUACAUCAUGCUGCUGGCGGACAACACUUAUCCGUGGCUACCGCUGGCCCUGUUCUCCGUACUGGGGCUGAUCAGUGGUGCCCUGACACUCACGCUCCCUGAGACGGCACGAUCGGCCGGCGCCAUGCGACCCGCUGCCCGAAUCAUGUGCGACCCCGCAAUCGCGCCUCGCUCCAAGAAUACCAAAGGCGGUGACAUCAAACUGUAUUGACUUUGGUGGAGGGCCGCCUCAGCAGCACGGCAGUCCUUGGACCUUACCUGAUCCUUACGACUCGAGGAGCAAGUUACACGUGCCUGCUAUGGACAACAUUAUAGAUAGUGAUCGACAAGUGUCGGAUACGUUUUGUUGAAUCAAGACAAUGUUUGCUUGCUUAUCGUUACCGCUACUUCGUUUGGCUGCCAGCCCGAACAGCGGUAAAGUGUAAAGUAUGCGUUCAUGUUUAGUGUUCAUGUCGUUUCAAUCACCCUGUGUGGAGUCGUACAUGCUUUAGCAAUUAAUCAACUGUGCAUACAUUAAAUAUUAUCAAUGCUGUUU